UUAGCUCAUUUGUGUAUGUCACGCUUCAGGAGUGAGUCGUUUUUUUUUAUUCUUCCAUUCAAUUUCUUCAGCCGGCAGUCAUAUAUUCUUGUUAUUCUACUAACUAUCGAAACGUCAUCACCUGAAAAAAAAACCACAACUGUAGCCGUUCAAGACGACAGGAAUGUUGCUGCAGUCACUCCAGUCACGGUGAAUAGCGAAAUGGACUCGGAGGAGCGUACUUCAGCCAUGUCGCAGAAGAUUUUAACCUUGUCGCGCAGCAACAGCAGCUGCUCGUCCAAACUUGACAGCCGACAGGACAGCUGGGAAAUUGUGGAUGGUCUACGUGGAGGCUUCAGUAGCGCCCUGGAGCCCCAAAAACAGGAGGGUUAUGUGUUAAAGAAGAGAAAGUGGCCCCUCAAGGGCUGGCAUAAGAGAUAUUUUUCCCUGGACAAGGGCAUCCUGAAGUAUGGCAAGUGCAAAGCGGAUAUUGAGAAAGGGAAGCUUCACGGCUGCAUUGAUGUGGGUUUGUCUGUUAUGGCCAUUAAGAAGAAAGCCAAGUGCAUCGAUCUCGAUGCUGAGGAGAACAUCUAUCACCUGAAGAUCAAGUCACAGGAGCAUUUUGAUGAAUGGGUGUCCAAACUACGUCACCAUCGGCUCUAUCGGCAAAAUGAGAUUGCCAUGUGUCCCAGCGAGAAGCCCUUCCACUUCCCUCACUUCCCAUCCCCCACCUCUCCGAGUUUUGCUGACGCUGCUUCUGUUCGGAAGUGUGUGCCGAUACGCAGGCAGUCUACGGUGCAUUCUGCAUUCGGCUGCAAUGGCCAAGCCAAGGUAGCGGCAUGGCUGCAGUCGUCUGAUGACAUGGAUAAGUGCUCCAAAGACUUAUCGGUUUGUGAGGCGUAUCUAUUAGAGCUGAGCCACCUCCUUCAGAGUAUGGAGGUCAUCCAUCGUACAUAUUCUGCUCCAUCUAUCCAGACUCUUCAGGCAUCUACUUUUGACAGCCCUAAAAAGGAGAAGAGGCUUCAGAGAAAAUGGCGCACAAAGAACUACAACAAAGACGUGAAAACAACACUGCAGGUUCCCAGCUGCAUCUCCUCUGGUUCUAUCCGCCUCCAUGCCUCGAACCCCAACCUCUCCACUGCUGCACUGUGCAAUGACAAAGUCGACCAGGAAUCUGUGGAGUCUCCUUUUGACGUGGCCAAGCUGCAGGAGGAUUUCUGCCGCGUCGCCACUAACCUGCACACCACCAUGAAGUCGGCUCUGAGCUCGCUCACGUCAGAGAGGGAGCGAUUAAAACAAUGCGUGGACCACGACACCUGUCCCCCUGCAUCCCCGCAGGUGGUCGGUUUGAAGAAUGCCCUGACAACGGCUUUAGCCCAGAACUCAGAGCUGCGAGAGCGCCUGUGCAAGAUUCAUGCUGACUCCCACAUCAUAGAACCCACACUCCUAAAUCUCACUGCCCCUGUGCAGAAACAGGAGUCUGCAUCUGAAUCCCGUCCGCUGGUGCAUCAAGUGUCCAAUGAGAGCAGGGCGUCAAUUGCGGAGUCUCUGUCCGAGUUCUUUGACGCACAGGAGGUUCUGCUGUCUAAUAGUUCUUCAGAAAAUGAGGUAUCAGAGGAUGACUCCUACAUCAGUGACAUUAGUGACAACAAUUCCAUGGACAACUUCGGCAACGACACAGAAAUUGACAGGCAAAACUUAGGUUUGGGAGAGAGCGCCGCUGUCCUCUGUCGACGUAGAUCCCACUUAUCUUCACCCAGCCCCAGCAGUAGCACCAUCAGCCUGUGGAACAUCCUCAGGAACAACAUCGGCAAAGACUUGUCCAAAGUGGCCAUGCCGGUGCAUCUCAAUGAGCCGCUGAAUACCCUGCAGAGGCUGUGUGAGGAGAUGGAGUACAGCGAGCUCCUGGACCGGGCCGCGAACACGCACGAUGCCUUUGAACGUAUGGUCUACAUGGCUACGUUUGUCGUAUCAGGCUACGCAUCCAGCUACUACAGAACUGGCGGGAAACCUUUCAACCCAGUUUUGGGAGAAACCUAUGAAUGUGACCGCCCAGAUAAAGGUUUCCGGUUUGUUGCAGAGCAGGUUAGCCAUCAUCCACCGAUCUCGGCUUGCUAUGCAGAGUCGAAAAACUUCAUCUUCUGGCAAGACGUGAGAUGUAAGAACAAGUUUUGGGGGAAGUCGAUGGAGAUCGUUCCUGUAGGCAGCACACACGUAACGCUGCCUGGGUUCGGAGACCACUACGAGUGGAACAAGGUGACGUCCUGCAUUCACAACAUCCUGAGCGGACAGCGCUGGAUUGAGCACUACGGCGAGAUCUCCAUCAGAAACUCAAAUAGCGACGCCUGCCAGUGCAAGAUUACGUUUGUUAAGGCUAAAUGGAACUCAAGUGCCAACGAGGUGGAAGGAACCAUCAUGGAUCAGAAGGGAAACGUCAUCCACAGGCUCUUCGGGAAGUGGCACGAGGCGGUUUUCUGUGGGGAACCGCCGUCGGCCACAUGCGUGUGGAGAGCAAAUGCGAUACCACUCGACCACGAGCAGUACUACGGUUUCACAAAGUUCGCCAUUGAACUCAACGAGCUGGACACGCCCCUCAAACUGCUGCUGCCGCCCACUGACACCAGACUACGAGUGGAUCAACGACUGCUGGAGGAGGGAAAGUUAGAGGCUGCCGAGGAGCAGAAGCAAAGGAUUGAACAGCUGCAGAGAGAGAGAAGGCGAGUCCUUGAGGAGAGCAGCAUCGCACAUCAACCAAAAUUCUUCAGCAAAUCCAAGGAUGAUACGUGGGUGAGCAACAACACGUACUGGGACUUGAGGAAAGAUCCAGGCUUUGCCCACAUAGAUUUCCCCACAUUGUGGUGACCUGAACUCCCAUCUCCAUCAACGCAUUCGCACUCGAAACAUCCACAUUCGAUGCCGACUUUCUGUAUCACUGCCUUAACAAGUGCUUCUAUAAGUUAUGUGAACAUGUUAUGCACUGCGAGAAUAUUGCUGUAUUUAAGCCCAUAUUUUGGAGAAAUGUGAAAAGGAUGGCCUGUUCACCUCAUAACGAGCAUCUGAUGAAAAAAAAAAAUAUUGAGUGUGAGCUCAUCUUUUCAGACAAUGUCUACCUCAGAUACAGUAGCCUUGAUAUGCCAUUGAUUAACAUCUAGUAUUUAUUCUGCACAUACCUGAUGCCUUAUCUGUAGUACUGUCAUUUUAUUUGUUGCGUAUUUUAAUGAAUGUUACUUUUUUUUAAACUGAUUAUAACGGUGUGUUAAUUAAUGGUGCAAACAUGAAGAGCUGUAGCAAAAGAUCAUCCAUCUUUUCAACCUCAUCUGGUGUACCUUUGUUUACACCUGCAUCACGGUGCCACAAUGUGCUCCC